UACCUGCAACACAGCAGAGGAGACGCAGCGUUUGACACACUGGUCUAUGGGGUCAGACAGUCCCUGGCAGCCCCUCUCCUCCACGAAGGGCAGGAAGGCUUGUUCAAACAAAGCAGGAGUGCUGAGCACCACCACAGCCAGGCAGUCAUCUGGGUUAAUACCGACAUGAACUGGGACACUCAGCUGAGUUCUAUCCUGUUAGUGGCUGAUGGCAGCGUUGCAAAGAUGAGGGAGAGACUGACGUCACCAGGGAAAUUUGCUAAAGGAGGAGAAGAUUUGUUUCCAACCAGGGAGAGGCUUCAUGGUUCAGAUUUUGGCCCUCCUGCUCUUCCUCCUCGAUCCCCCCUGCUCCGCCAGCCUUCCCCCUCUCAUGGUCCCACAGUUCAGUGGGCAGACCUCGUUGCCAUCCAGUCACAGCUACAGAUACAGAGCCAGACAAUUGAGUCUCUCACCCAGAGACUCCGUGACGUGGAAAAGGAGAGACAGUCUCAACAAUGUGACGUCCAGACACUACAAGAGGAGGUGCAGCAGCUGCGUGAGGAGCGGAGGACUCGGGCCGAAUCGAGGAGUGAUCACAGUCCAGGAGCCGAGAGGAGGAUGGAGCAGUGGAGGAGGGAGGUGGGGCGUGAGCUGAGCAGUCUGCGGGGACACAUCACCAGAGCCACGUCGCUAGGCAACCUGGAGGAGAGUUUCAGCUCUAAGCUCCGCCGAGAGGAACUGGAACACCUGCGGAGAGAGGUGGACCAACUGAAAACACAGCUAAGGAGACAGGGGGAGGACGCGUUCCUCCAGCAGGCAGAAGCCAGAGAGACCCGGAGACAGUACGAACACAGCUGCAAGACGCUGGAGGAGCUGACAGACAGCUACAGAUCUCACAGCAGUGAUCUGGUGAAGACUGUCUCUCAGUACUCUCACACACAACAGGAGGUUCGACAGAUCAGAACAACUGUGUCAGAAAUGAAGGAAGAGUUCAGGAGACUCAUCCUCAAAGAACAUCAAACGACACCUUUGCUGUCGCACUCCUCGGGUGCUUCUCCUCUCCCGCUCCCUGGCAGCCUCGGUCGGGGGGGCAGAGUCGAGGCGGACUCUGACUCGGAGGACUUCAGCCCGACGCCGAGCCUGGCUGAGAUCAGCUCAGAUGAUCUGUCAUGGCUCGAUGAUAAAGACCCUGCUCUUCAUCAGGAGCCGCGGGUGCGUCUGAGCGUUCAGUCCACACGGAGCGACUUUGCUGGCCCCGGAUCAGAUCUCGACGAUGGCGAUGAUCUCCUUGACGAAGACGUACACCCAGAUUUAGAAUCAGACCUCAGUCUUGCUGACCUUUGACCUCUUUAUAAAGUGACUGUUCUGUUAUUUGAAUUGGGAAGGAUUCAGCAACAUGAAGACUUUUUCUGGCUCUCCAAUACACUACCUGAUAUGAGUUAUUUCUUUUAAAUUGAUACCAUCAGUACAAUAAGGAGUUUUAACCUCUAUUCUGAAACCCAAAACAAAAAAAUAGAAGUAUUCAGGUUAACAGAAACCGCCAUAUGGCUCAUUUCCUUUGUGGUCUCAAGGGUAAGGAAACAAAGAACAGCAAACAGCAGACUUGGCAUCAAACAGAGGCACACACAAAUAAUAACAAGUAAUUAAGUCAUCCUAUUUAGUGUUAUUGCUUAAACACACAAUAUGUAAUUUUCUGCUGUUGUGGGUCUCUCAAUCCAAACAAACACGGAGUUUGGUGGUGUAGUUACGUAACUUAGGAUCAUGGGAGUCUUCACCAUCCUUGCAGACAGCCUCUCAUAAUUAGGAUGACUUGACUUGAUGCAAAUAGACCAGGUGGUGUAAACUUGAAAGAACACACAUCAGUUUCACGUUAAAAUCAUUGUAUCUCCGAUGCUCUAAGGCAGACUAUAGAUAGACAUGAUAGAGGGGCUUCAAGUGUCAUUAUUAUACAUGCAUAUAUUGAAUCGCUAUGAAUGUUUGUUUAGUUAAGCCCCCGGAUAACUUAAGAUCAAGAUGUCCAAUGACUAAAAGUAUUCAUCCUAUAUAAAUAUAAAGGUAUUAAAUGCAUCUACGAUUGCGUGCAAGUAAAAAACUGCCGCUUAAAACUGGAUACUAUUUAUGACACCAUCUGGUUUCUACAACGCUGAUUUUGCACAAUGGUGAUACAACGCCAAUACAGGAGACUUUAUUGAAUGCCGUUACCUUUAUUACAAUGGAGGAUUUCUCUUGUUAUUUUCGUCGUUUUUAGACAUCUUAACACUGAAAAGUUAAAUGUUAUACCUUCUAUAGACCUGCCUAUAUAUGUAAGUAAUGCAUCGUUUAUUCUAAUGUGGAGACUUUCUAUUAAUAAGGGGAAUUCUCUAAUGAUAUUUUAACCAGUUAUUUGUGAGAAUACCAGAAGUUUUAAGGGAGUUUUUUUCUUUCUUCCUGAUAUACUGUAUUCGUUAAACUGUCCUGUCCCCUGUGGCACACCCAGGCUCCUUCUACCACAGUGUUCUGAAACAAACCACAAAAAGCUUUAGCAUUGUUUUCCUGCCAUCGAGUUAGUUAGUUAAUCCCCUUUAGCUCACACAUGCUCAGACUGGUUGGAUGCUGGGAACACACUGAAGAGGCAGGCAGCUGUUUGUGAUUCUUUGUGAGAGAAACAGUUUUCAUGCUGGUGGGUAUCUUUGUGCCUGAACAGUCGCAUUUAUUGUAUUCAGCUUUCUUUCCUACUGUAAGGCUGACUGAGUUAACCGUUUGCCCACAGUUUUGAAAUCAGUCAUUCCCCUUAGGAUAUGAAACUUUCAAUGUUGCCACACCCGCUGCACCCACGCGCGUCACUGGAGAUAAAUGAUGGGUCUUGCCAGAGUCAAGGAGAGAACCAAGCGCUGUAAUUGGUUGGCUAAACCACAAGGUUUAUUUUCAGUCAGAAUAUAUAAAAAAUAGUUAUAUUUCGGGCUCUCCUGAUUACAGAUUGUUUGGGAUAGGCACGGUUUUGGUGAAGUUUGGGUCUGCAGGACAUUCCCCUCUUACCAUAAUUACAGUGGGAUCCAUUAGAAAAUCUGCAUUUGAGUAGCAAAAACAGAGACCACAGUAUACAUAUACUUCCUCAAGUUGGUCAUUUGUAUCAAUCCAUUUGUUAUAUCAUAAAUAACUUGUGAAAAUGCACGUUGAUGUAGGCUUUGACACUACUUGAUGUACAGUAAUGUAUCAAGAUUCACAGUCAGCUUUAAAGUCCUGUUGUUUUUGUACUAAAUGUAAGCUACACCCUUCAGUGUAGCAGAGUAAUGGAUUUUUUAAUGGACUUUUUUCUUCCUGAGAUAAUGCACUCUUCCAUCCAGGGGAAACCUGAUGAGGGAUGGGGUUUUGAUUCCUGGUAAUGCAGGUGAAGUGAAGACAAAGAGGAAUCAGAAAUCUAUAAACAUUAUUGAGGCACCAACACGUAUUUGAAUACCCACAGCCCAGUUAAAACAUUCCAAAGUCCCUUUAUGCCCGACAUGAGUCACACACUGUGCCAGGCUUGGUGUCAAGCUGUUUAAUAUUUCAGUAUCCAGACACCCCCCACCAAGAUCCCGGACCAUAGAGCAGAGCCGUGGGGGGCAAUAGGCAGGUUAGAUGUUCAGUGGGGUGUGGAUUUGGAGGCUGGGACUGAAAGUGAUUAUAGACACUAUCCAGCUCAUCUACCAAGACAUCUCACUAGUCAUCAUUAUUAAGCAAUAAAAGACCUUCCAGGAAACAGUAACUGGCACAGAGCGGUACGUAACAGUAUUUUAACAAUCCUUUUCUAAGACACUCCUUUUAAGAUUGUGGUUAAAGAAACAUUUAAUGAAGAAAAGACUCAUUUAUUUGUUGUUGUGGCCAGAUACUGGCUGAUGAAUCAGACCAUUCUACUGCAGUUGUAAUGCAUUUGCCAAGUAUUGUGUACUGGUGCUGCAGUAAAGCAGUGCUCUUAUUCAUUCAUUGAAUGUCUGUAUGGAAAUGUUUUGUGUUUCUGUCUCAAACAAUAAAAGGCUGUGUAAAAGUU